CUUAGCGCACCGGCAACAAGUGAACUGUGUUUAACACAAACAACAUCUCCAGCGUCUUAUCUUUUUAUAGCUUGAGUGGCCAGUACAAAGUUCGAACACGAUUCCCAUACUCAUCAUCUCCAAUAUUCAGCAGCAAAAGAGGAUCUUGCUUCGCUAUAUAAUAUCAAAGUGUUUCUUAAAUAUUUCAAUAGUUAAUAUCUGAAAAUGCCGACGGUAGAAGUACCAUAUUAUGUCCCGCAAUACCCUACUUUUAGGAGGGCCCAGUUGGCGGCGGUCAAGGAGGGUUUAUACCACCCCUCCCUACCAACCUUUAGGCGUAUGGACAUGGACACAGCUGCCCAUAGACUGCCGGACGAACAUUGCAGGACUACCACUGGUGUAGGACCAGCUGACUUUCAGAACGCCACUGCCACUUAUUUCCAGCCACCAGCAAACACCUACAACGGAGCGAACAUCACCGACACUGGAAGAUUAUUGCGAGAAACGAUGAAAGACGAUGUCAAAUCACUACGUCUUGACUGGGCUAAAGCUAAAGAUAUCAAAGAACUACCACAGAUUAAAAACACAGGACAACUGAGAUUUAGUGGGUAUGCAGUGAGGUACCAGAAGCCAGCCAUUAGCGGUUCGUGGAGAUACACCUUUACACAGGAGCCUCGUCUUGAUCAAUAUGGCCAGCGACCAGUUCCUGCCAACAUCUACAGUCGUUACCGAGACACGUUCCCUCAGUACAGCCGCAACAUGUCAACAGACGCCUUCCGUUACCCCCCCCCCCCCCCCCCCCCCCCCCCCCCUAGAGUCACGUGCUCCUUGCUAGAUAUCGCAUAAUUAAUCAAGUACAACCAGGGAAUCUGAAACUGUACGAAUCGAUUUGUAAGGGUGUUCUAAUAUUGAAAGACUCAAGCUGCAAAAUUGCUAGGUAUUAUAAUAUUAUGCCAUGAAGAAUAGAACAAAAGUCGUUUCAACAUAGAGGUAUUUUAGGAACAUUAAGAUAAGAUGGUUCAUGGGGCUUUACGUUACUACUACAAAUUCAAAUAUAUUAAAAGAUUAUUUAUAUCGUAGGAACGAAAUGGAAAGAACAAAUCGGAACGAAUUUUAUGUUAAAUGUUUGAUGUGUGUGCUUAAACGCUGCAUAGUAUUUUAUAUUGCCAUGUUUCAUUUUUAUGAGUGGAGGGUGUCUUUUUAGUGCUCUCGUAAAAACGAAUAGACUGAAAAAUGAAAUAAUUUGUACAAUGAAUAUCGAAAUUAUUUACCAUACUGUAGGCCUUUCCAUUAUUAUCAUUACCUUUUUUCUCACUUGAUUCAAUCCCUGUUCAGGGAAACAUAUACUUUCCUUGAAAUAUAUUUGUAUCAGGUAACCAUGACGUUUAGUGGUAUUUUCUUUUGCAUUUUGCAUGUAUCUGAUAGCUUCUAAUAUAUCAUAAUUGACAUCUUCGGUGGUAAACGCUUUAUAAGCGACGUUUUGAUUAUUAUUAUAUUAUUAUUAUCUAAUGGUCUAUUUUGUUGAAUAUGCUGUGCAUAUAAGCGGGCCUGGAGCCUACUAUGAUCAAUCUUUUUUAAAUUUUUUUUUUAAGUGUCCUAAAAACUCUUUAUAAUGAUAGAACGAUCUCAAACACUUUCCCCAAAAUCAACCUGAGGCGAUUCUCUCGUGUUGAAAUAUGCGAGCAGCACAGUGGCAACUUACGGAAACUGAACUUGAUAUCUUAAGGGUUAAUGAAAUGGCCCUCACUUUGAAUGCUUGAAAGUAUUUGCGGUCAUCUUAUAGUAUAGCUGCAGUUGUAGCAGUUUCGCUUAACAUUAACGGUAUUCUCCGCCAUAUUUUUAUUUUCUGUAGACUCCAAAAAUUGUAUUCCAGUGAAAUGUUGGCCAGUAUUUUUUCCUUAUCAAAACACUAUGCAAAAGUUAAAUUGAUCUUGAAGCAAUAGCAGUUAAUCAUGCGAAAAACGUUUUAUUUACUUUUAUAUUUGAUUAUGGAUUUUGAGUCAGUAAAGGGUGAGAAUGGGCGAGAGAGAGAGAGAGAGAGAGAGAGAGAGAAAGAGAGAGAGAGAGAGAGAGAAAGAAAAGGGGGGGGGGUAAAUAUGAGAACGUUUUUUUUUUAAUUGAUUGUGUGUCAACAACGAUGACACUUUAUUUGAUGUUUUUGCAAUGCAGUUAUUCCGUCCAUGCAUGUAAAUGUUAAAAAUAAACGACGAUUAUGAUGAUACAUGUGUAUAAAUCAUUAUCCAUUUCUGUAUUCAUCCAUACGUGAUACUUUCGUCAAUGUUAUCAACGUGUUGGUGCAAGGAAAAUGCCAGAAUAUUUUAUGUGAUGGCCGUAUGUUCAUCAGCAGUCGAAAAUGUCGGGAUACAUUUAUUAUUGAUGUGUGCUGUGUGCCAUGUUAUGUAAAUAAUAAUAUACGUACAUGCGUAAAGUCAUUUUGCAAUAAAUGUCACUUCAAACUGUAA